AUGUAUCCUGCUCGGAUUCUCCACGCUUAUGUAACCUACGAAGAGGCCCGCAAACACAUUUCAGCAGCGGAAGAUAAGUCGGACCUUUCGUCCCCAGAGUCAGAAGAUGUGAAUCGAGGUCACGCGAAAAGAAGCCGUAUUCGUCAAGAAUUAAACAGAGAUUCUUCAGAUGAUGCAGGCUCCGAAGAUGAAGUUAAGAAGUCUGCCCUUCCAGCCCUACCAAAGUUCAAUAAUUCUUUUCCGCAAGUUCCACCCCCGCCGUCUAAUCAAAUUUUGUCCGCCCCAGAAUCAGAUAUUUCUGUGGAGUUACAUAAUACUGGUUUGGAUGCCGACGGCAACCAAACCUUUCAGCUCGUCGAAACAAGUUUAUUUCAAGAACAAAUUGAAUAUUCUGGUGCAGUAGCUUCAUUGAAGGACUUAAUUCGUGAAGUAUCAAUGAUCAAACAUACCGUCAACAACAUUGAGCGAAAAUUGGAUAAUUUAAUUUCUUCUGGGAUUAAUCAACAUUCAACGGAUGACGAACAGCAGCCAAUUUUACGGCAACCGUUUGAAUCACUUGAGGAAUUUAAAGAAUUCGACGCAGCUUUAUGCAAUGACGAUAAAAGCUCAUUAAAGCGAUAUUUCACGAAAUGUGGCGGGGCGGAUUGUGGGGAUGGAAUAAGAAGGAUGCUGAAGAAAAUAAUGAUUGACGAUGUGGCUAAAUUGAUUAGUAUGAAAGGCCAAAAGGGGAAUUUUAAUUUUUCAAGCACCUCCACGUGCCCAGUCCUGAUUGGCGCUGCCCUUGCUUCAAAGCAAUUUUCGACGACGGAGGCAGAAGCUGAAAAGGCAAUUUCAUCCUGGUUUCAACAUGCCACUGACCGACUUAAGAAGAAUGAAGCCUCAAAAAAGCCUAAGCACUAA